AUGCACCUCCCUCGGCCAUUCCCCGAACGCCCGUUGCAGGUGUCUUUCGCCGACCUGGGAAAACCAGACGGGCGUCCUGUGGUCGUCUUCCUCGGUCUGGGAUCGGUCCGCUACCUUGUUGCGCUCUACGACGACCUGGCGCGUGCGCUCGGCCUGCGACUUAUCUGCAUCGACCGCUGGGGCCUGGGCAAGACAGACCAGGUGCCGCAGGACCGCCGCGGGUUGCUCGACUGGGCGGAUGUGGUGCGACAGGUGCUGGACGAGUUGGGCAUCAACCGCUUCCAGAUGGUCGCACACAGUGCCGGGGCGCCGUAUGCGCUCGCGACCGCGCUCAAGAUGGAGCGCCGCAUCCAUGGCAAGAUUCAUCUCAUGUCCCCAUGGGUCGGCGGCGAUGUGGAAGGCUACAAGUGGCUCAAAUGGGUCCCAAACGGCGUGAUCAAGUCGGCGCUCGCGGCCGAAUGGCGCCUCGAGUCGUACUUUCUCGGCAAGGCACCAUCGCUCAAAGCGAACGGCAAGGCGAACGGCCGGACAAAUGGGUCAGGGAGAAGGGAGGGCGACGCGUCUUCGACCUCACUCAACACGGACGGGAUGCGCUCGCGCUCGUCUGUGAGCGACCUGCGCGCCGCCGACAGCCUCGACGGGUUCUCGGACGACCUCUCGCAUGCCCUGCCGGGCAAGUACGAGCCAUCCGUGUCGCCGAUCACGGCGUCGCCCGCGUUCGCGCACGCUCUCGUGCAAGCCAACCACGCCGAGUCGCUCUCCGGCACGACGGCGGACCUGCUAUCCGUCGUGCUCGGGCGCGACGCCAAGCCCUGGGGAUUCAGCUACACGGAUAUCCGGCACCCGUGCAAGAUCUGGUACGGCGCCGAGGACGAGCGCGUGAGCGAGAAGAGCAUGCGGUGGAUGGAGCGCGCGAUGGACGCCGAGCUCAUCGUCGUCCAGGAGGAGGGGCACAACCUCAUGAGCUCGCGGACGGUCAUGUACGACGUCCUCGACUCGAUUGCAGAGGACAUCUAG